AUGAGCUCUCCAUCCCCGAAUUACGUCGAUGAGCACCACGGCUUCGGUACCACGGUAAUUCAUGAGGGUCAAGAGCCAGAUGCGUAUACUGGUGCUGUUGCUGUUCCCAUCACGCUAGCCAGCACAUUUGCACAGGCAUCUCCAGGCGUCGUAGCUGGUCGCAAACAAGACAACUCUUUUGGAAAAGGUUGGGAGUAUUCGCGCACGGGGAAUCCAACGCGUGGUGCUCUGGAGCGUGCAUUGGCUGCUUGUGAAAAAGGUCGUUAUGCUGUGUGCUAUUCAUCUGGUAUGGCUGCCACGACCGCCGUGAUGCACCUUUUAAAGCACGGUGAUCAUGUGCUAUGCAUUGAUGACGUCUAUGGUGACAUGGGUGAUUUGAAUGAGGUAGAGAAACUCGUACGUGUUGGCAAGACGAAACUUAUUUGGAUUGAGACCCCGACGAACCCGACGCUCAAAAUCACGGACAUCCAGGCUGUGGCCAAGUUCGCGAAGAGUCACAAUCUGCUUCUAGUUGUGGACAAUACGUUCAUGUCACCUUACUUUCAAAAUCCAUUGACUUUGGGUGCUGAUAUUGUCAUGCACAGUAUCACUAAGUACAUUAAUGGACACAGUGAUGUCGUUGGAGGUGUGGUCAUUACCAAUUCUGAAGACAUCAACACAAAAUUACGUUUUAUUCAAAAUGGUAUUGGUGCUGUUCCAUCACCCUUCGACUGCUAUAUGGCACUUCGCGGUCUUAAGACACUGCACUUGCGUAUGGCCACACAUGCUAAGAACGCUCAAGCUGUUGCCGAGUACCUAGAGAAACAUCCUGCCGUCGAAAAGGUUUGUUAUCCGGGCCUUAAAUCCCACCCACAGCACGAGAUUGCCAAGAAGCAGGCGUCAGGGUUCAGUGGUAUGGUGACAUUCUAUAUACGUGGUGGCAUUGAAAAAGCUCGUUCAUUUCUGGAGAACCUUCAAGUGUUUACGUUGGCCGAGAGUUUGGGUGCUGUUGAGUCGCUGGCCGAGUCUCCUGCUAUCAUGACUCACGCAUCAGUUCCGGAGGAGGUGCGUAAGGAGAUCGGCAUCUCCGACAGCCUCAUUCGUCUUUCUGUCGGAAUCGAGGGCCUUCCCGAUAUUAUUGCUGAUUUAGAUCGUGCCCUCAGCUGCUAG